GCAAAGAGCUAGCUGUGCGUUUUCGGGAAAGCCCUUCACCUCCACCUGAUGGCAGCAUCACGCAGCCCCUACACACGGGUGCGUGGGAGUUCCCCGCUUCGCCAUGUCGGGGUGGUGCAACGCGCUGAAAGGAUCUCCCGAGCGCGCGCGCUCUCUCUCCUUUCUCUCCACCGCCUCUACCCCAUCAGCUCCAUCCUCCCCCUCACGACAGUCUCAACAGCAGCAGCAUCAGCAUCAGCAUCAGCAUCGUCCUCCUCCACCCUCUCUAGGCAGCAGCAGACACGGAGGAGACGCAUCCGAGUGAUGCCACUGCACCAACCGCAUCUCGCCACCGCGACAACACGCCAAGCAUAACGCGCUUCUUUUGCGAGGAGGGAGAAACACAUUCGCCUGGAGACAUCCACUGCCCAUGAAGAUGUCUAACGCUGACAUGGUCCUGAACUCCACCGAUCGGGUAGUGAAAUCUGUUCCCUUCCCCCUUAGUCAUCGCCUCACCAUGAAGGAGGUGUUUGACUGUGAGGGGAAACCAAGGGUGGAUCUACUGAAAGCCCACCUCACUAAAGAAGGCCGAGUGGAGGAGACCGUGGCCCUCCGAAUCGUAAACGAAGGGGCCUCUAUCUUACGCCAGGAGAAGACCAUGCUGGACAUAGAGGCACCUGUCACAGCAAACAGGACUAAAGAGAAGCGAGACAGCGAGAGAAUGCACAAUCCUGACCUCAAAUACAAAAAUAAACUCCAAAACACCCGACUGGGAGUUCAAAGAAUGAACAAGGCUGACAAAAACAAAAGGCGGCAAAGUGAGCAAGCGCUCGAGGUGUUUCUGUAUGAAGUUUACCUGUGA